AUGUCGAAACCCACAGGCGUCGAGAGCUUCGAGUUCGUCCAGACGCCUCCUGCUCCCCAGCCCACCUUUGAAAAGGAGGAAGAGUGUGGCGUCCGCACCACCAAGGCGCCCGCCAUCAAGAAUGCCCCCCUUCCCGCCGAUGGCCCCGGCUCGGACAGCUUCUCCAACUGGUUCAUGAUCGGUGCCAUGGUCAUCGUGCCGUACUACGGCGCCUGGAAGAUCGGCUACGGCUUCAAGACGGCCCUCUUCUUCGCCCUCUUCACCACCGUGCCCAUCCUCACCGGCUACUGGUACAUCGCCUCGCGCAUCGGGCCCCGCAAGAACGAAAAGGCCCGCCUGCCCGGCCGUCCCGUCGAGCACUACAUCACCUUCAAGAAGGACGAGGACAAGCUCAAGUACCGCGGCAAGAACAAGAUCCCCAUGGAGACCUUCCAGGAGAAGUACUUUGACGGCGACGUCGAGUUCAACGGCGACGCCCUCGAGGUCCUCGAGUACCGCCACGACUGGGCCGCCUUCCACUUCACCCUCAGCCUCUUCAAGUUUGUCCUGUUCCAGUUUGCUCCCGAGGUCAUUAUGCACUCUCGUUCCCAGGACGAGGAGCAGGUCCGCGACCACUACGACCGCGGCGAUGACUUUUACGGCUGGUUCCUCGGCCCGCGCAUGAUCUACACCUCGGGCAUCAUCUCCGACAUCGACCGCGAGGAGACCCUUGAGGAGAUGCAGGACAACAAGCUGGCCAUUGUCUGCGAGAAGAUCGGCCUCCAGCCCGGCGACACCCUGCUCGACAUGGGCUGCGGCUGGGGCACCCUCGCCCGCUUCGCCAGCGAGUUCUACGGCGCCAAGGCCACCGGUGUGACCCUCGGCCGCAACCAGACGGCCUGGGGCAACAACGCCAUGCGCAAGGCCGGCAUCCCCGAGGAGCAGAGCAAGAUUGUGUGCUGCGACUACCGCGACACCCCGACCAUCCCCGGCGGCUACAAGAAGAUCACCUGCCUCGAGAUGGGCGAGCACGUCGGCGUCCGCCACUUCCCCGCCUUCCUCAAGCAGAUGCACGACCUCCUCGACGACGACGGUGUCUGCUACUUCCAGCUCGCCGGCCUCCGCAAGUCCUGGCAGUACGAGGACCUCAUCUGGGGUCUGUUCAUGAACAAAUACGUCUUCCCCGGUGCCGACGCCUCCACCCCGCUCGGCUUCUACAUUGACCGCUUCGAGGGCGCCGGCUUCGAGGUCCGCAACAUUGACACCAUUGGCGUCCACUACUCGGGCACCCUCUGGCGCUGGUACAGGAACUGGCUCGCCAACAAGGACAAGGUCGAGGCCAAGUACGGCAAGCGGUGGUUCCGCAUCUGGGAGUACUUCCUCGCCUCCUCCACCAUCAUCUCCCGCCAGGGCAGUGCCACGUGCUACCAGAUGGUCCUCGUCAAGAACAUCAACUCGACGCACCGUGUCGAGGCCAUCCCCAGGCAGUUCAACCUCUCGGGCGCCCUCGCCAGCAGCAAGGCCAACAUUGCCGACUGGGCCAAGAGGAACAACGUCACCUCCUCGACUGCCUUUACCGAUUAA